CAAACUCCUUUCAUACAAUUACAGCACUGGACACAAAAAUUUUAAUCUUUCAAUUGAAAUCUAUAGUGACAGAAUCUCAGGACAGAAUACAGAUUGAGAUUUUAAUUUAAAUUUUGGACACUUGUUUACCUAUUACUUAUACUUUGUAGUAUUUAAUAUUAUACUUUUACGGAUACAGAACACAAAUAAUGGAACCACGUAGAAAAUCUGUUGCUGGUCCAAUGGCUCCAUCAAGUAUGAAAACGGCACGAAAAAGUUUUGCAGUUAUUAACACUUUUAUUAAAAAUGCUGCCCCAGAUAAACAAAUAAUUACCGUUCACACAAGCACCCCCUUAGUCGAACGUCGAUCUUUUCAUGUUGAACAGAACCAAAUAAAUCAAGGCGAAGUAAAUGUCCUGUCCAUAAUUGACACUAACAAGGAAAUCAUGUGUUGUAAAUAUACAGAAGAUUUAAAUGACAUAGCAGCCGGUUUCACGGACGGUAGCAUACGAUUGUUUAGCUGUAGUACAGGGUCAUGCACCCAUACACUGGUAGACGAUGAGUGUCGCGCGUAUCCUGGACCCGUAACUGCAAUCAAGCAUCGGCCAGUGAGCAAGGCUCAUCCGAUAACCAACAUGUUGUUAUCUUGUUAUGUUAACGGUUGUAUAAAGUGUUGGAAAUAUAAAUAUGAUCAAUGUUUGUAUACUAUCAGAGAAAAGAGACAAACUUUGGGUUUAAGCUAUCAUCCUCGGUUUAGCAAAUUUAUAACUUAUGGAGAUGAUGCAAAAUUAAAUAUGUACGAUGAAGAAGCACAAACACAAGAAAGGGCUUUUUAUUCAAGCCAAAAGAAAAACUUGAUGGAUGGGCAUACCUCAAGAAUAUUUGCAUGCGCUUUUAAUCCAAAGUCUCAUCAUGAGUUAAUAUCAGGCGGCUGGGAUAACGCAGUCAUGUGUUGGGAUGAUAGACAGCCAUACGCCACGCGAUAUUUCUUCGGAGUUCAUAUAUGUGGUGAAGCAUUAGAUUUUGAUAAACCAGGCAAAACGAUAUUAACGUGUUCAUGGCAAGAUAAGGAUAAUAUACAACUAUGGGAUUAUGGUUCAUGUAAACUUAUAGAAACAAUAACCCCAGACAACCACCAAUCAAAACUCUAUUGUGGAAAAUUAGUCCCGCAUACAAGCCUUUUGAUAUGUGGAGGAUCUGACUCUAAUAUUUUGAGAGUCGUAGACUUAAACAUGAAAGUUACAGAAUGUUCCAUACGGAAUAACCCAGGAAGUAUAUAUGCAUUUGAUUUUGGCAGUAUAAGAAGAAAAAUUAGCAAAGCCCCGGAUACCUAUAAAAAAAUAAGUGAAAUACAAAACGCUCCUCGUGUUUCUUUCGUAACAGGAAAAAGGCUUCAAACAGUAGACUUUGGUUGAUCUAAUGUCAAAAAUAAAAAGAUGUUCAUUGA